AUGCGUGGGGCAGAGCCUUGGGUGCUGGCCGCCCUGCUCGUGGCCGUGUUGACCACGCAUGUGAUUGUCGCGCCUAGCACCAAGGUCGAGGAAAGCUUUACACUGCAGGCCGUGCAUGAUAUCUGGGCGUUCGGCAUCAGGCCUGAAGCCCGCUCCCAGUUCCACCUGCCGUUCUGGGCGGGUCGCACGACGCCGAACAGCGUAGCACUGCCGCUCGUCCUCAUCGCGCUGGCGCUUGUCGUGAGGAGACGCCGCAUGUACGUGGGCCUAGCGCUACUCGCAGCCACCGCCGUUGUACUGCGUCUUGAGCUCUUGGGUCUCGCUAUUCCGUGCUAUCUCGCCGCAUGGAUCGCGUUUGACCGCCCGCUUGUGCACCUCGUCCCGCUCGGUCUCACCUCGUGUGUGGCAGGAGUUGCUCUGAGCAUCCUCGUCGACUCGUACUUUUGGCAGGGUCCCUUUCUGUGGCCCGAAGGCGAUGCCCUCCUGUUCAAUGUCGUCGAAGGGCACAGCGCCGAGUGGGGCAUCGCGCCAUGGUCUAUGUACAUGACCCAGGCGCUUCCCCGCCUCCUCGCUGCGGGGCUGCCGAUGGCGGCGCUGGGCGCGAUCGUCUACCUUCGCGACCGCACGACGGCCCUGCUUGCGUGGAUAGCGGGCGUGCAUGUGGCCCUGCUGAGUGCGCUACCCCACAAAGAGUGGCGAUUUAUCCUAUACACGGUCCCGCUGUGGAACGCGCUCGCGGCGCGCGGCAUGCACCGCUGUCUCGCGUACCCUGGCGGCAUCCUAGUGGCUGGAGGUGUGCUCGCGAUCAGUGCGGCACAGUGUGUACUCAGUCUCGCCGCGAGCGCACACAAUUACCCCGGCGGCGCCGCGCUGGCGCUGCUUCAUGAGCGUGUGCGAGGCGCAGCGCAUGUGCACAUUGACACGCUCUCGGCGAUGACGGGCGUCUCGCUUUUCCAGAGCAAGCACCUUGCGCGCGCAAGCGCGUCGUGGGUGCCGAGUCAAGCGCCAGCGUGGAUCUACAACAAGACGGAAAGCCCGCAGUUGGAUUUGUGCCUGUUCACGCAUAUGCUCUCGGAGCGAGCAUGUCCACCCGGGUUCCGCGACAUGGCAGCCCCCAUCCAGGGACUCUCGCGCGUUCAGCUGCAGCGUCCGGCAGACUUUAUGCGCCUGCUAGAUGUCGUCGAAGAGCAGACGCAAGUUCUCCAUGGUAUCCGCGGCGGGACCGCGCGGCUGCGACGCGAGUGCGUGCUCCACAAGCUUGCGCUUGUGCGCUUGGAUGGCCAGGAUCCGGUCCUCGAUCGUGUCGUCGACGAGGAGGCGGUGCACGGUGACGGUGCGCGUCUGCCCAAGGCGGUGGAUACGGUCGAUCGCCUCAGUCCAUGA